UACCUGUUUGUUUGCGGCUGUAUUUAUUGAUGGCUCCUCUUGCCACUGUUCGUCCUGGUCGAGGCCGGCGGGGUCUCGUCCGGUUCCUGCGAGCACCGUUCGUUUUGGUCGAGAUCGGCGGGAUCGUCCUCCUUGAAUUGGUACAACCGUCAUCAGUCGCGUGCGCAUGCAACGGCGGUGGUCGUGCUCCUGCUACAGAUCAUUCCGUAUUAAUGGGGGAGGCUGCCGACGACUGCCGUUCGCCCCUGGAGCUCGCCGGUCGCCGCGUUCUGCGCCUGUUGGGGACAGGCGUUUGCCUUCUGGUCGUUUGCCCAGCGACGGCUUUGAUCGUCGUCCGUCGGGCCGUUGCUAAUUGUAUGUGUAAUGGCGAGGCCGUUCUGGUGUACGGGGUCGUGAUGCAUCUAUGGCGGAGCCUUCUGCUGAUCGUCGGUGGCGGCCCACGGUCAGCACGUGGAGGAGAUGGUCCUCACGGCCGGCGGCCAGAUUGCCGAUGGAGCAGUGUCCCGAGUUCCUCGGUCGUUCUUGGCAGCGGUGGCGACGGCUUCGCGGCAGACGAUGCAUGUCGGCAUGUGUAUGUCGCGGAUGAUCCGUAUGAAAAGGGUGAGUCGUAGCCCCGCUUCUCCCCCAGUGUCGCAUGUUCCCUCCCCCGCUACACCAGCACCUGGCAUCCUGCGUGCCGCCGCUAACUGCAGGGACGACCGACAUCUUCUCGGCGCUCAACGCCAAUUGCUGGGGCACGCUGCCGUUUCCUAGGCCGCCCGCGGUGCCCAUACAGCCUCCAUCCCGGCCUCCCAGUUGGAAGGCAGCCCAGGUGCCGCGUCGGUGGCGUUGGACGGGGAUGACUCCAUCACCAUCUAUUGUGCGGGUCAGUGUACCAGCAGGCGGCAGCAAACACAUCGCCCUCUCCUCCGGCCUCUCUCCCACCUCCAGGUCCCGAUUUCCUCAUGGCGAGGCCUUUCCUCUGUCCAUCCCGUGUCGAAGCCUGCCUGGGCGCAGGAUGUCGAGUGAGCUUUCCCUCUGCAUCUAGCCAUGACCGGCUAGAGAUCCUCGACAGCCGUGUGUGGUCUUCGCCGUUGCCGUCUUCCCCACACCCCAUACAUGUCCUGUACGUCUGGUCUUUGGAGCCACGUCGCGUGGGGCAUCUCGGGCGUAGCUGAAGCGGGGGUACGUGCUGGCUGGUUCCCAAUGGACAGGUUGCAAGGUUAUGUCAUGCUUGGUAUGUACAUAGGGAUAUUGGAUGCAUAUGUGUGCGAUCCUGACUUGUGUAUGUCCCCGGGAGUGAAAUUGACUAGUAGCAUCUGUUUUAAUGACAUGAUCUUACUUCUGUUUA